AAAAAGGGGUAAGCUUUCCCUCCAAAUUCAUUCCUCAAAAAUUUGAGGGCAAUUUCUUCUGCACACAGCACACGACUAUCAUCAUGAUUGCCACCACAAACUAAUUCUUUCAAAUAGUAUUAUCCCUUUAUCUUUACUCCAUCUCUCCCUAUUCUCUCUCUCUCUCUCCCCCUCUUCUCUAGGGUUUUUUCUGCAUCUCUCUCUCUCUUAUCCCGCUUCGCCACUUCUAGGGUUUGUUCCAACCAUCUUCUGACUGCAGCUGUUUUUCCGGGCUAUUGAAGAUGGAUUCUGCAGGAUUCUCUAUGAAGCUGUGGCCCCCAAGCCUAAGUACCAGACUUAUGCUUGUGGAGAAAAUGACCAAGAAUCUUACUACUCCAUCCAUCCUAUCCAGGAAAUAUGGCCUUUUGAGUAAAGAAGAAGCUGAGGAGGAUGCCAAACAAAUAGAAGCCGUGGCUUUUGCGUCUGCCAAUCAACAUUUUGACAAGGAGCCAGAUGGAGAUGGAAGUUCUGCGGUGCAACUUUAUGCUAAGGAAUCUAGUAGGCUUAUGUUAGAAGUUAUUAAAAGAGGCCCUCAGACAAAGGAAUCUGCAGAAGGUGUAAUACCUGAGAAGGUUAAGGCAUCUGAUGAAACUACUAUUUUUGAUAUAUCCAAAGGUAGACGGGAUUUCAUCAAUGCAGAGGAGGCUGAGGAGUUAUUGAAACCACUAAGUGAACCCGGGAAUAAUUAUAAAAGGAUAUGUUUCAGCAAUAGAAGCUUUGGUGUGGAUGCUGCUAAAAUUGCAGGACCCAUUUUGUCCUCUCUUAAAGAUCAAUUGACAGAAGUGGACCUUUCAGAUUUCAUAGCGGGUAGACCAGAGGAAGAAGCACUGGAAGUCAUGGAAAUCUUUUCUUCUGCUUUGGGUGCCUGUGACUUGAGGUAUCUCAAUCUUUCUAACAAUGCUUUAGGUGAAAAAGGCGUAAGGGCUUUUGGGGCACUUUUGAAGUCACAACGGAACUUGGAGGAGCUCUAUUUGAUGAAUGACGGCAUUUCCGAGGAAGCAGCACAAGCAGUCUGCGAGCUGAUCCCUUCAACCGGUAAACUUCGUAUCCUUCAUUUUCACAAUAACAUGACAGGAGAUGAGGGUGCACUUGCUAUUUCUGAACUUGUGAAACAGUCUCCUGCAUUGGAGGAUUUCCGGUGUUCAUCUACAAGGGUAGGAUCUGAAGGUGGGGUUGCUCUUUCACAAGCCCUUGGAGUAUGUAGGGAUUUAAAGAAACUUGAUUUGCGUGACAACAUGUUUGGUGUGGAAGCUGGAAUUGCCUUGAGCAAAGUACUAUCAAUCUUUUCCGACUUAACUGAAAUCUACCUUAGUUAUCUGAAUUUGGAGGAUGAAGGGUCCAUUGCUCUUGCUAAUGCCCUCAAGGGAUCUGCUCCAUCCCUUGAGGUUUUGGAGAUGGAUGGAAAUGAUAUCACAGCUAAAGCUGCUCCUGCUCUGGCAGCCUGUAUAGCUGCAAAGCAAUUUCUUACCAAGUUGAGGUUAGCAGAGAAUGAGUUGAAAGACGAGGGUGCUAUCUUAAUUGCAAAGGCAUUGGAGGAUGGUCACGGUCAAUUAAAUGAACUGGAUAUGAGUACCAAUGCUAUAAGAAGAGCUGGUGCCAGGUGCUUGGCACAAGCUGUUGCGAGCAAACCUGGCUUUAAGGUGCUGAACAUCAAUGGCAACUUCAUAUCUGAUGAAGGAAUUGAUGAGGUUAAAGAUAUCUUUAAGAAUUCACUUAAUGUUCUUGGGCCUUUGGAUGAAAAUGAUCCCGAAGGAGAAGAAUAUGAUGAAGAGGCUGAUGAAGAAGCAGAUAAUGAAUUCGAGUUGGAGACAAGGCUCAAGGGUCUUGAUAUCAAGCAGGAAGAAUAAGCUUUUAAAGAAACACAAUCAUGGCCUAGUCUUAAAUUCCCGUUGUACUAGGUCAUAAAUUGCCAGAUUGUACUUAAUAAGCUAGUCUAGCUUUUAGUACUAUCAUAAUGUAGGUUAGAUUUCAAUAUCAUUUCUUGUCAUUAGUAUCGGGUUCAAACUCUUCUGUCCAACCUGUGUUUAUGGAGGCUGAGAAUUGUUAUUUAAUAUUUGGUAUAACUUUAUUAGACUUCAUUUGUUGCUUGCGUUA